AUGUCAGCACCAGCAGCAGUACCACCAUCCUGGAAGGAUCUCGGCAAAUCAGCCAACGACCUCCUCAGCAAGGAUUUCCCAAUCAACGGCACUCAAUUAGAAGUAAAGACCAAGACCCCUUCAAAUGUCUCUUUCAAGGUUUCUGGUCUCCGUGACUCAAAAUCUGCAAACAUCAACGGCGACAUUGAAGGCAAAUACGUUGAUGCUUCCAAAGGCGUCAUCUUCACUCAAGCGUGGACCACCUCAAAUGUCCUCAAAUCUCAAUUAGAAUUAGAGAACAACAUCGCAAAGGGCCUUAAGCUCGACAUUCAAUCUUCUCUCCUUCCUCAAGGCGGUGGUAAGUCUGCACUCGCAGGCGCCAUUUUCAAGCAACCAGGUCUCCACGGCCGCGCCUUCUUGGAUGUUUUCAAGGGUCCUACUUUCACCCUCGACUCGGUCGUCGGCAAGGACGGUUUACUCGCUGGUGCCGAGACUUCUUACUCGGUUCAAGACGGCAAGAUCAGCAAAUACGCUGCUGCUGUUGGUUACUCGGCCCCUGAGUAUGCUGUCACCCUCCACGGUCUCAACAACCUCAACGUCUUCGCCGCUUCUUACUACCACAGAGUCAGCCGCGACGUCGAAGCUGGCGCCAAGGCCAUCUACGACACCAAGAUUGGUCCUUCCAACGUCAACCUCGAAGUCGGCGCUAAGACUUACCUCGACAACGCUGCCUUUGUCAAGAGCAAGAUUAACAACGCUGGUAUCCUCGCCCUCGGCUACACUCAAGCUCUCCGUCCAGGCGUUAAGGCCUCUUUCGGUCUCGCUCUCGACACCCAACGCCUCAACGACACUUCGGCUGGUCCUUCAGCUCACAAGAUCGGCGCUGCAUUCACUUUCGAGUCUUAA